GCCCUGUAGUCAUAGCAACGCCCAUCAAUACCUUUUCUUUACAGUCGAGGAUCAAAACAGAGCCGUAGCUGUUGCAGUCUUCCUGACAGUGUUCAGAUAUUUCAAAGACUUCAGUCUGAGGGUUUUAAACAACACAUUGUGAAUAUGGAAAAGGUCGAGAAGGAUCCAGGGGAGGCGAGAGGACCUGAACAUCAAGAGGACAAGAACGGGUCCUCCUCACAGGCGGCUGAGGCAGGUGUGGAGGUCCAUCAGGAGAUACAGGAGGAGCAGCUUAGGAAGCAGUCCCAAGGGGAGGAGAUCGAGGAAAGUGAAGAGAUGGUUCUUCCUCAGAGGAUACUCAACCUGCAGAGAGAGUUACCGGUGUGGGUGACAAACAUCCAAGCUGCAGCUGAUGCCCAAGGGUCAUUACGAAGGACCAAUCGGGACAAGGAAAACAGACUCAGAUUGGAGCUGGUGGAGAGUUUUAAAAAAUCCACCAAGGAUGAAUUUGAGGAGCUCUCCAGAAAGUGGGCGACAGACGAUCCGGAGCUGCAGGAGGCACUGAACAAGCAGCAGGAGCUAUGUUUAACUAUCUUAGAGGACAAAAAGACACUCAUAAAUGAGCUGCAACAGGAGCUGAAGCUUAAAGAUGAUCAAUUUGCUAGAGACCUGAAGAAGAAUGCAGGCGAGCUGGGCCUGAUGAUGGAGAGGAUGGAGGACGUGAUCAAAAUCCUGACACAGGCUUACAAGGAGGAGCUAGCCAGCUUUGAGAGAAUUUACCAGCAGGAGAGUGACGUCUUACUCACAACAGACAAGACUGAACGGGAACAUCGCUUGAAUGAACUCUUGGACAAAGAGCUGGCGAGGCUCACGCUGAGGCAGAGAAAAGUGGAGGACACUGAAGAGAAAGUUCGAGAUCUCUUGUUUAAGACUUUUAACCUCUUGAAAAACAACGGUUUAGAAAAUGAAAAGUCUCUGGUUCAGAAAAGAGUAAGUCAAUCCUUGCAAGCCAGGCACAGGUUAACAAAACUGAAGGAGGAGCAGGUGAAAAAGAAAACAGAAACCGUCUACCUGGCACCGAUGAAGAAUCGGCUUCUGAGUCUGAAAAGAGAGCUCACACACCUCAAGGUUCAGUGUCGCAGCAAUGUGAAACAUUUCACAGAGAGGAGCCGUCAACUGUCUGAUCGCCACAAACGCAACAUCAAGGCGUCUGAACACACACAGAAGAAGAUAGGGCAUUUUGCAGUGGCUGAUAGGAAACAGUUUGAGGAGAUGUGGCUGAUGCUUGAAGACGAGGUUAAGCAGUUAGUGGAGAAGACUUUGCUUUUAGACUCUGUGAUCUGCAAACAGCACCUUGGUUUAGCUUGGGAGCGACCUCAUAUGGCGUUCAUGGAGCAGACUGGUCCCAUCCAGCCUCAAAAACAGGCCCAGAGUCCUGCUCAGCGGGCCGUCUCCACGUCUUUUCACACCAUGCAGGCUUCACAGGGGCGUCAGAGGAUGAUGGAUGCCUCAGUCGGGCCAACCCUGGAGACUUACACCGACACAGGAGUGCACAAGGAAGACGCAGCAGGGCAGAUUGAGGGUGGGGUAGCAGUGGAGGAGGGGGAGCCGUCCAAUGAAGCAGUGAAGAAAGCGAUGGAGCUGCUGUGUGAUGAGGCGGGCUUCCCGUUGGAGGAAAAACCCCUGAGUCUGCUGGCUCCUCUGGAGGAAGAGGAACAAACAGUAGUGAAGCUGGGCCCCCUCCUAAAGCAGCAUGUGAGCUCCAGGGAGACCUCAGCGCAUCAUCUCAGUCAAGAAGCCUACUGGGAGAGCAUGGGCAACAUCAUCUCAGAGGAUAAAGUGAAGGUGUGGGAAGCUGCAGAGAACAAAUUGAAGCAGUACCAUGCAAAGCUGACAGAGGUCUCAGAGCUUGUCACAGAGACUCAGGGUCUGGAGCAGCAGAAUGCAGAGCUGAGGAGGCUGCUGCAGCAGCAGCAUCUAUAGUCUACAACUCAUUAUGACCCGGUUGCUCUCCUUGGCUGACACCUGACCCCGUUCACAUGCUUAUUUUUCUCAGUAAGAACCAAGCGGCAACCUCCGGUCUAAAAAUAUUGUCCAAUGCGGAAGUGUUAAAAGCUGCAGUUCAUCGAGGAUCCACUUGAGGCUGGCUCCGGAAGUACCAGAAGUCACAUACACAUGAAUGGGAAAAAGCUGAUCUUUACAGCAUUAAUAAACAUGUUUACAGCCUGGUAC